GCGAGCGGCCGGUGCCGGUGAGGCUGCAGCAUGAAGCUGAGCUUGGGCCGCCUGUCCCUCCUCGUGGCCCUGGUGGGAGCGUCAAGCUUCGUCUUCCUCGUGGUGGCCAUCGCGACCGACUUCUGGUACAUCAUCGAUGCCUCCAAGCUGGAGACGUCCCUCAACGGCACGGACGCCCUCAGCUCCCACUCGGGCCUGUGGCGGACCUGCCGCGUGAGGAAUGAAUGUUAUCCUUUGAUAAACCCUUUCUGGCAAGAGAAUGCAAACAUCACUGGUUCACACAGACAGCUUUUAUAUAUGCACGGAACAUUUGUCAUCCUGAUGCCUCUCAGCCUGAUAUUGAUGAUUUUUGGAGGAAUGACUGGAUUCAUCAGUAUUAUUGCCAGGGCCUACCUACUACUUCUAAUGACAGGACUGCUCUUUCUUUUUGGAGCUCUUGUUACACUUACUGGGAUCAGUGUUUAUAUUGCAUAUUCAGCUGCUGCCUUCAAAGAAGCUGUCUGCCUCCUGAGGAGUAAGGAUCUCCUGGUAGAAAUUGACAUCAGGUUUGGCUGGUCACUGGCACUAGUCUGGAUCUCCUUUGUCGCAGAAGUGCUCACUGGGGCUGUGUUUCUCCUGGCAGCAAGAGUUGUGGGUCUGAAACAACGACGUGAACAGGUGUUAUGAGCAACAGAUCUAUUGUACAGUUUGCAUGUGCUUUUGAAGUGCCUGUGUCACAUGUGGUAGGUAUUUAUAAGAUAUUUAUGCGGCUACAAUAUAAAAUAGUCACGUGAUCAAAUCUAAUUUAGAAAGCCAAUGAAUUUGUUAUUGAAUUAGAGCAAUUCUCAUUUCCAUGGCUUUCCUAAACUUCUAAUUCUGACUUCCUGCAAGAUCUGGUACAGUGGUAAUAAAGAGUGUCAUCUGCUCCUGAAUAUUUGUAUAACCCCUGAAUUUCUCUGAAAUUUGGCCUGAAUACAAAUUAAAAAAGAUGGUCUGGAAUAGUCAAAUUAGCUUUGAACAUUUUGAAGAAUUAUGCUAGAAAGAGAAGAUAUCCUGGAAAGGACCUCAUGUAAUUUGGUACAAGUGACAUUAUAAUCUUCCUCUUGGUGAAGCUAAUGUUUAUUUUAUACCCAGUUCUUUGCUGUGUUUUCCCCAAAAUGUGUUACUGAGAUGAAGACACUGACUGUUGCCAUUAUUUUCUAGUGAAUUGCAAACUCAUAGGCAAUUGGCUUCAUUUAAAUUGAAGAAAAACAUAUGUACUGAGCAAGCAGUACUGUUUGAAUGGUUAGAGUACACAGAGCUACUGGACAAUACUAGUCACGAAUUCAAAGAAUUCCUCAAGGGGUGGCAGAGAGGGAUGGGGGAGGUCAAAGGGAUCCUUGAGGAUGAAAAAAGUGCAGAAAUGGCACACAUUUAGAGGAGAUGCUGGUGAAUAUAAUGUGGACAUGAAACCACAAGGAUUUAGUCUGGGUCUGUGCUGUGGGAGCUCCUGUGGGAGUAGGUGAGAAUUACCUGCCUCUGAAGAGCAAGAGGACAUUGUUGGUUCUGGCACAGCUUCAGUUAAAAUAGCUCCAUGUAUUUGUUGAUCACUGGUCCAAAGCCCAUAGACCUGUGUUGUGGGUCAAUCAAAUCAGCAGAUAAUGAG